AUCUUGCGUGUACUACUAUUAACUCUAGUCUCUGUUAAUGCUAUUAUUAAAAAUUUUGCGUUAUAUACAAAAAAUAACUAAGAGCAAAUAUAUUACCCGACAAAAAUUCAGUUGAUUAAUAUCGCUCAAUCACGUGAUUUUGUAGAAACGAAAUGAUUAUUUCCUUGUGGUGUUUGUGAAAAUUAUCAGUUGGAUAAAUACUAUUGAUAUCAAUUUUUCGCUAUUAAGUUGACAAUCUUCGAGCGAAAUCUUCCAUACAACAUGAAAAACAGUUGGAAGUUAAUCAAAACAUCAGCGGUACUUUUGGCAGCGUUCAAUGCUGGGUUCAACGCUGGUGUCUUCAGUCCGACACUACCAGACAUUCAAGCACUGACUCUCAGUACAACGGCCCAAAUGUCCAACACGUUAGUGUGGAUUGGCAUUGCUGGAAUAUUUGGAUCAAUUCUUCUCGGUCCUUUAUUCGACAUGGUCAAUGGAUUGGCCUUGCUUAGCCUCUGCUUGUGUGCUCAAGGUUUUGGAUUUGGAGCAGCACCAUUCUCCAACAUCCUAUCUGGAUAUCAAAUGAUUCUUUCUAUUGGAUUUCUGUUCAACUUUGGAUUGGUGUCCGGAACAAUGUCAGCCAACUGCAUAAUAUGGCGCAACCAGCCGAAAAUGAUAGGACCAAUUUUACAAACAACAUCCCUCGUUUACGUCGUUGGAACAGCUAUCUCGCCUCAAGUCGUGGCACCAUUUCUGACAAAAUCGAAUUUUACUAAAAACAAAAUAAUGAAUAACACAAACUUUGGUUAUGAAACUUUCGUUACCGAUGUUGUCAAUUUUUCCCCAAACACAAGUUUUGAAAAAGACUCCAAAUUCGCUAUACAAAAAGAGUCAAAUAGCGAUUCAUCUUUCUUUAGCAAAAUCAAACCAAUUCAAAUUGCUUACCUUAUUGUAGGCCUGUUUGAUGAAAUUGCGGCAUUAUAUUGCUUUAUUAUUUUUUUGAUAGAUAAAGGUAAAAAAAGUUUGAAAAAUUUUGAGAAAAAGAAAUUUGUACCAAGACGGCGUCAUUAUUCAACAUCUAAUAGCAUGCACACAACAACCCCUGCCUUUGAUUCUCUCGAAUUUAGGAAUGUUAGUAGACGCAGGCGAUCGAUCAGUUGCAGUAACAAGCCUCCUACGAUAACUUUCGGGAAGAAUGCUGCUGAUGACAAUGUUGAUGAUGUCAACAAAGACAGUUCUGAUGAAAAAAUUGACAAAAUCGUAAAUAUCGACCCUAAAUUUUUUUCAAAUGAGAGCAAAGUCCAUAAAGAAAACAAAAAAUGUGUGCCAAAUAUUUCGCGAAAAAAAACAUUGGAUGUUAUAGAAAUUUCGCAUAAUGAUUUAGUACGGUUUCAAAAAUAUGUUGAUGAAAAGUCAAAAGUUCAAGAUGAAAAAAAUAGCUCAGAUGAGUUGAUCGAUAUUAAUGUGGUAAAACAAGCUAAAGUAAACGUAAGAAAGAGUUUUGAAGAAGAGAUAAAAAGACGAAGAAGUUCGAUGCAAGUUUCAGAUGUGAUGCAAAUUGUAAAUAUUCAAAAACAAACUGAAAAUAGAAAAAAAUCGACCUCAGAUAAAAUACACAGCUCCCAUCAUUCACCGAGCAUAGCUGAUGUUUCUUUGGAUGAUAACCUGGAGGGUAGUGCACCAAAGUUAGUUUAUGGCUUGCCUACAGUCUUAUUCUUCAUCGUGGUUCUGGUGUUCAUAAUAACAAACGGAGGUAGAGAAGGCAUGAUGACUGGUUUACUCUAUACUUACGUUGAAUCAUUUCUUCAUUGGCAACCAUUUAAUGGUACUAUACUAGUAACCACGUAUCACUUAAUUAGGGUCAUCGUUCACUGCGUCUUCAUAUACCUGGCUAAUAAGAUAUCUCCUUUCAUUCUCACUCUAUUCAAUUGUUCAGUUCUUCUAGUCGGUGGUUUGCUGAUGUUAGGAACGUCCAAGAGUUCUGAACCUGUUUUUACAUAUAUUUCAGUCAUUUUAACGGGGAUAGCUACAUCCAAUAUACAACCAACGACUAUAACUCUAGUUCAAAAGUCAAUUCAAGUGACCGGUAAGAUAAUGGGAGUACUGUUCGCAGCGUUAGCUGCCGGCCAAAUAAUAUUUUCUCCCGUCCUUGGAAUAUUCCUUGAAAAACGCGGAGCUGUAGCUUUCCCCGCAAUGAUAUUUUUGACGUCUGUUUUAUCAUCUUUGCUGUUUACACCUUGGUACUUUUUAGCCAAAUAUGUUAAAAGAUUUUAUGAAAAAAGACGCAGUCAGAAAUUUGAUGCAAAAGAAUGGUAUCUGAAUUAUAAAAGAAAACUCGAAAAAGCUAAUUUAAACGAAAGAACACCAUUGAGAAAAAAUUAAACCUGCAAUUUUAACUUAAUUCGUGGUUGUUUUUCACACAAAAUAUAAAAUUUUUCAGUUUUUUAAUAAUGAUUUAUAGUUUAUACAUUAUAUUUAUUACGUGACUAAGCCAGGCGGAUAACUCUGGCGAUUGUAUUAGUAGUUUAAAAUUAAUGUAAUGUGAACCGACUUAUUUUGCUUGCUUUCAGAUUUUAUUAAUUUACACUGUUUAAAACUUAAUGAAAUAAUUUUUUGAAACAUUUAUUAAUGUGUUGAGCGCUACUCAAAGACAUUCACCCUUUUAUUUUAAGAGUUAUACGACGUGUUAUAUGCCGUCUUCUUGUUCUAAUGUUGCACCCACGCGUCAUUUAAUAAUAGACCUGCUGGUGAGUAAGCCAGUGUU